UAUAAUUGUGUGUGCUGAUGAACGUAAGGAAGCAGUGGCUGCAGACACUUUAUCUUUGUUUAACUUUACAAACUGACCAUCCCACCAAGAACACUGGCUGGAGGUGACAAGAACGACACCAAGAUGCAACCCUCCUCCUUCCCGCUUCUUUUCGUCUGUGGUGGCGGCGUCAUCCUGUAUUGGCAGCGCUCCGUCACUACGCAUUGCAAACCUUCGUGCGUGGUAUAAAUCGCAUGGAAAAUAAUUUACUCAGCAUGAAAAACGAGACUUGUGAUGCUGAUUUACCUUAAGAAUGGGAUUCGUAUUUAUAAUUAGAUGAACGUGCCUACGAUUACUACGUACGAGCACAACACUUUUGCAAUGCAUAGCCACCGCAAUUCUCAUGGUCAAGGGCCUGGCGCAGGAGUUCCAGCUGACAAAACAAGACCAGUCGGAAAUCCUCUCCGCUUUUUUCAUCGGCUAUCUAAUCUCCGGCGCGAUCGUUGCAGUCGUUUUGACCCGGAUUCUUCAGCGUUUCAAGCCAGAGCACGUCUGUUGCGCUAGCAUUUUGCUCUCUUCGGUUUGCACCUUGGGGCUGGCUGCAGAUCAUAACUCAGUGGGGGUCUAUUUGGAGUAUCUCUUACAGCUGUCGGGAGUUGGGUUGGAUUACGGAAGAAGAGACGGCACCGACACCAGUGCCACCGGAUCGAUCACACUUCAGGACGAGGACCAUAGUACAAUGCAUUCUCGUCCGAUAUUAAAUGCGCACGAGCUGCUACCACCCCCGUCGUCGCGAACUACGCCUUUGAAUGACUUGAACGGCGACAAAACUACCGAAAAUCUUCAUAGCCAUCACAUCAAAACACAGCUCUACUUUCUCCGCUUCCUCUCCGGCUUGUGCCAAGCGUUUUUUCUCCCUGCCUGCUUUGCCUUCUACCAAGAACAGCUACACCACUGCGCGAAGCGGAAAACGGAGGGCGUGGGGCGGUUAUCGGCUUGCGCAAACAUCGCGGUGGCGAGCGUGUAUUUCUUCGGCGCAGAAAUGAAGGACGAAGAGUGGCGGAAAACGGUCGUGAUGUCGGGGCUGGUGCUGCCGCUGCCGUGGUUUUUCACUUUUCUUCUUCUGCCGAGAAUUUUGAGUGCGAAACUGGUGGGCGAUCUUGUCGGAAAUGUGCUUCCGAGUAUGGUGAAAUUCGCAGCGCAGUCGGAGCUGCGUGGGAUCAAUCCGGCCCCGCAAGAGCUGGAAGUCGAACUGGAAGCGCUGAAAACGUUGAGGCAAGACGAGUCGGCGCCCGGAACACCGUCGGAGGAUCAAGACGGUGACGAGUCAACAUCGGCCGACGGAGCAGGAAAGCACACAGAGGAUGGCUGUGCUAGAAGUUCGCCGGUGCUGGGGCAGCAAGAUCAUCUCGACGCUUUGCCAUCUUGCUCUUCGUCGAGCAGUGAGGAAGACAUUCUUUCAGACCAGCGAGGGACUGCGGGCGUCAUCCGCGAGAAGAUGUUCAUCAACAUCGAUGGAACCGAGCCGAGUCCGCUGGGCACUAAAAUCAAACUCGGUAUCAGCAAGAAAAGUAGGGCGAGGGCGGGCAGCCAAGGCGAUAAACCUGCUCGGAAGGCGGGGAACCACGCUGCAGCGGGGAUUGAUCAAGCACGACAACUCAAGAAUGAGAGAUGCCUUGAAGAGCAGCGUCGUGAAAAGGGCCGCCACCUUAUUUCAACCACUCACAGCAUGACCUCUCUCCGAAUACUCGCCACCUUUCUGCAAACGAAACCCUACAUCGCCGUCGUGAUCGGCCACUUCUUAUGCAAUGCAAAAGCAUCCUACUAGUAUACUUAAAUUGCAUUACAAAAAAGGAAUCAGCAUGAGAAAUGCAAUAUGUAAUGCUGUUUUACGUUUGGAAGAAGAUUUGUCAUGCAGAUUUGCAACUAGUUUUAGUACGAGUGCGAUACUUUUGCCCCGGAUACUUCUGUCACACGACCGCGGCAUUCAUGCUCAUGAGCUGGCUGCCGACCUUCUUCGGCAAGGAGAACGCCUUUUUCAGCGGGUUUCCCUACCUCCUAGCCGGUUUCGGUUCGCCUAUCUGGCCGGAAUAUUGCAGAAGACAGCUGGAGAAGGGGAGGAACCUGUGGGCUGUCCGCAGAGAAUUAGGCGCGAUAGGAUUACUCUUGCCGGGAAUAGCGCUGCUGUUGGUGCUAGGGAUCGUCGUUUUUUUGGAGAGUGAUAAACUGCAAGACGGCGAGGAAAUGAUAAAGCCAGGAGAAGCUACAAAAUUGAACAAAAGCGCCAGUAGUCAGCUCAUCCUCUUGUCCAAAGCGGUUCUCUUUUCCGCCGUUUUGUUCUAUCAACUACAAAGAUGUCAGUCUGGGUCUCGAAGAGUCCAAGCAAGGUUUGCCCUGCUCUGCUAGCAUGACUCCAAAGGCUGUCAUGUGCAUUACCCAAAAGCCCCACUUUAUUUCUGUCAUGCAGAAACGCGACUUGUCAUGCAGAAUACACAACGCCGUGGCCGUAGGUACUCAGAAACUUGUCAUGCUGAGCUGCAAGUUGAGGCGUCAUCAUAAUUGUCCAACACGCAUCACAAGGUUCCAGACCCAGACAUAUUUAUUUGCAAUGCAUAUGCUCUUCGGCGCGGCGACUUCCAGUUCGAUUUCCAUGGGUCCGCUGGACCUGGCGGCGAGGAAAGAGCACAGUGGAACGCUCUACGCUUUCUCCAACACGUUUGCCGCGUUGCCCGGCAUUCUAGCGGUCCGCAUUGCCGCCGACAUGGGCACCGGAGUGUUGGUUUGCGGCUGUCUGAAGGUGUUCGCGACGGGCGUAUACUGGAAAUGGGGGUCGGCAACGAAGAUCGAGGCUGGGUAGGGAAUGGAGGAGGAGGAGCUUUUUCAUUUUAUUUUUAUAGAGCUAUAGCUGCCUAGGGUCAAGAACAUCACUCGUCUUCCUGCUCGGAGCCCUUGUAUAUUAGGUUGAACCCUCUCCAUGUUUUUGCCACCUUCGCUUUUUGUUUUUGUGAGUAGUACACUCGAAAAAAAUUUUGAUUACUUGCGUGCAACAAGGGCUAGCUGGAAGCUGGUUGGUUCUGAUGUCGUUUUUGUUUCACAGCUAACAUGUCGCCGCGUGAUCCGUUUCCAUUGAUAUUGUGUUGUCGGCACACAAUUUGCCAUCGUCCAAACGACACGCAGUGCCGAGGGUGCGCAUCAAAGAAUGAAACUGCAGCGCGCCAGUUGGGUAGAGUU